AAAAAAAAAAAAAGAAACGAAAUUCAUAAUUAUUAGCAAUGAAAAUGCAGUAUGUAUACUGAAGAAACUUUAGAAGGGAUAGUAAUAGCUUAAAUUUUAUCAAUUGUAUGGUUCGUAGCAGAUACAAUAAAUUUUACUGAUUGUUAAAAAAAUAAACGGAAUUUGAAGAAAUGGAGUGUGACGAUACAAUUUUUAAUCCUUGAUUUUGAUUUGUGCGGAGAUAUUUUGUUAGAAUGGGAGGGCGAGAGACAGAGUGUAAAAGGCUAUUAUCUGUUCAAGACUUCUUGAGUUUCCUUCUCUGCAAAUAAUAUGGGUAUCAGCCGCGAUUCUCGUCACAAGCGCAGCGCCACCGGUGCUAGACGUGCUCAAUACAGAAAGAAGAGAAAGUUCGAAUUAGGUCGUCAAGCCGCCAACACCAAGUUGGGUGCUAAGCGUAUUCACCUUGUUCGUGUCCGUGGUGGUAACUUCAAGCGUCGUGCUCUUCGUCUUGAAUCUGGUAACUUCUCUUGGGGUUCUGAAGGUAUUUCUCGUAAGACUCGUGUCUUGACCGUCGUUUAUAAUGCUUCCAACAACGAAUUGGUCCGUACCAACACUCUCGUUAAGGGUGCUGUCAUUCAAAUUGAUGCUACUCCUUUCCGUCAAUGGUAUGAAGCUCACUAUGCUCUUCCUCUCGGUAAGGCCAAGGCCUCCGAAGCUAAGGCUGAAGAGAAUGCUGAGCCUAAGACCAUCUCCAAGAAGAAGGCUGCUCGUGCCGCUAACGCUGCUGUCGAUCCUCUCUUGAAUGAUCAAUUCAAUGCUGGUCGUCUCUAUGCUGUCAUCUCUUCUCGUCCUGGUCAAUCUGGUCGUUGUGACGGUUACAUCCUCGAGGGUAAGGAACUCGAAUUCUACCUUCGUAAGAUCAAGAACAAGAAGCACUAAAUUUCCUAGACACAUUUAUUUUUUCUGUGCUUGAUUUAUCUUUUUAUUCUUUUAUAAGAAUUAAUAAAAUUUCUCUUCUGUAAAAAAAAAAUAAUAAUAAUAAUAAUAAUAAUUUACACGAGUAAAAUAUUUUUCUAAGUUUUGUUUACAAAGUUUAUUUGACCAUUAUCAUAUUAUCAGUCAUAGAAUAAAUUUACUUAAAUUUCGAAAAUAAACAAAUACAGAAUAGCAUAAUGAUUGUGUUGUAGCUGUCAAAAUAAAUAGUGUUCAUAAUGUAAAAAGAUUUUUUUUUUUAUUAAAGCCAAUAAUGUACCGGACAUAUUCUAUUUCCGACCGGACCAUCCUCCACAUACAAAAUUUU